AAAAUCCGAACACAAGUUCUGGUUUGUUUGAAAAGCAAGAUAGGAUUUUUUUCUGUUUGAGAAAAUCUUCAAAGACCAAAAAGAAAAAUGGAACCUGUCAAAGAACAACAACCUCCUGCUCAAAUUUCUGGUAAGUCGAAACUACGUUAUCCACUUCGAUCUUCGAUGAAAUCAAAGGAGGAGAAGCCACCGGCGGCUGAUUUAUCCAAUUCUUCUUCAUCCAGAAGGGGGAGGGCAACACCAAGUGUAUGCAAGAGUGUGGGUGUUCUUGAUCUUUCCAAGGAGAAAUCUGCCAAGCCACCCAGAAGGCUCUCUAUUCCAACCAAAUCAACUAUCACUCCAUCUUCAAAAUUAGUUGGGACAAUCACACCUAUAUCUGAGGCUAGAGCCAAGAAAUCUACAAAUGGCCAGGGAAAAAGUGACACGCCUCUUUCUGAUGCUUCUAGAUCAGCAACUCGAAGGCGGUUCAGUAUGCUGUCAUCAGCAUCAUACUGGCUGCGGCAGAUUAAGCUCUCUGAAUCAGCUUCUAUGCACUCAGUCUCACUUGGGUUUUUCAAACUUGCCUUAGAAGCUGGAUGUGAGCCGCUUCAGGAAAUGCGUGAUGAGCUUAAAUCCUAUGUACGUCGCCAUAAUCAUGUUGAAAAUGGGGAAGCUAUAAAGGAACUACUCGAAAGCUACAAUGUUUCAGAAAAUUCAGAUCAACCACAGGUGUCUGAAACCUGUUCUCAGGUGCCUGAAGAGGGGACUCGGUCAUCUGAUGAUGAGAUUCACAGUGUUUCUUCUGCAGUGGGAUCUAGGAAACUUAAACCCAAGUCCUUGAAUACUGAUGCUGGUCAAGUAUCAACAGUAGCCGAAUCAGCGAAAGAGGCUACUCCGAAGAAUAAUCCUGCAACCAGGAAUAGGGUUUUGAAUAAGAAUAGUUCAAACUCAAGGUCUGUUUCAGACACUGGGAGUCGCAAGUUACAGAAGAAAACUCAGAAAACAACCAAGCCAGAGCCUGUUAAAGGAAAGGAUAAGACCAAGAGACAGGAAACCAAAUCAGCUAGUGAACAAGGUCAAGUUAGCCCUUCGGCUGCAGUUGAGACUGUUGAAGAGGACAAAGAAAAUAUGGAUGCGCCUCUGACAGAAGAAAUCAGCGUGACUGAAGUGAUAUAGGUAGUAUUCUUCAAAAAAAUAUGUUGAACCAUAUUAAUUUCAUCCUCUAUUGGGUUCUUCGUUGUCUAUUUUAGGUUGUUUGAUGGGGUUAAAGUGAAGUGUUCCAAUCUGGUGUGAAGUCAAGACCUUUUGGUUUUUUUUAUCUUGGGUUGUUGCUUUAAACUGGGAUUUUGUCACUUGAGAUGCAAAUUGUCUCAAAUCAUUGAAGUUAUUUGUUGUUAUAUUAAUGUUAUAUUAAUCUUUUCAAGGAUAUGA